CCUCAACAAGGAAAGAAGUGCGGUGCUGCUGUUGAGAAACAUGGAGUUGUCACUCGCUGAGUUUAUUCCCGCGGGCAAUUCAUAUCAAGCCGUUACAGCUGCUCUUGUGUUCGGAGCCGCAUUUUUGUUGCUUUAUGAAGUCUUUAGGCUUUGGUUUCCGAAGUAUAAGAGACCUCCAGGUCCAACGGCAGUGCCUUUAAUUGGAAAUCUUCAGUUUUUCAUAGAUCCUAUGAGGACAUUCUUGCAGAUGAAAGAGAAAUAUGGAGACAUUUCAUGUAUCUUUUUAGGAUGGAAACCUGUUAUUAUACUAAAUGAGUUUGGUGUCAUGAAAGAUGUGUUGAUACACUCUGGAGCAGAAUUUGCCGGUAGACCAGAGAUGGCUAUUAUAGAAUUGAUCACCCAUGGUUUAGGUAUAUUUAUGGCACCCUAUGGCAUACCUUGGAAGAAACAGCGAAAAUUUGCCCUCCAAACCUUGCGGAAUUUUGGCCUUGGAAAGAAAUCACUGGAGGAACGAAUUUCUGAAGAGGCUGUGUUAUUAAUCAAGGAAUUGCAAAAGGAGUCAGGCAAAGCAUUUGAUCCUCAUUCCACCAUCAACAGUGCUGUGUCCAAUAUCAUUUGCUCCAUUGUCUUUGGGAACAGAUUUGAUUACAAUGAUGAGAAGUUCAAGUACCUCCUACGCCUUGUGAAUUUCAAUGUCCAGAAUGCUGGCUCUCCGGCUGCUCAGUUGUUUCAGUUUUUUCCAAUUCUCAGACACUUUCCUGGACCACUUCAGAAAAUUCUCAGGAAUGCUGAUGAAAUACUUGAGUUUGUGCAACAGUCUGUCAAAGAGCAUCGAAAAACACUGGACCCAGACAAUCUGAGGGACUUUGUAGAUGCCUACCUUGUGGAAAUAGAGAAGCAAAGGUCUAAUCCAGCUUUCAUGUUCACUGACGAGAACCUUAUCAUAACCAUUGGUGACCUUUUCCUUGCCGGAUCAGACACGACUACCACCACAGUAAGGUGGGGAUUGCUCUACAUGACACAGCAUCCUGAAAUUCAAGAGAAGUGCUUCCAGGAGAUUAUUUCUAAGGUUGGAUUUAACCGGCUCCCCUCGUAUGAGGACAGGAUUAACUUGCCAUUUGUUGAGGCUACUAUCAAUGAGAUUCAACGUAUGGGAAACAUCGCUCCCUUUGGAGUGCCACGGGAAGUGACAAAAGAUACUGAAUUACGAGGCUACUUCCUUCCUAAGGGGACCCAGGUGUUUAUUAACAUGUCUUCAGUUUUUUAUGACAAAUCAAUCUGGAAGUUUCCAGACCAGUUUAACCCAGAGAAUUUUCUGGAUGAUGAAGGGAAUUUCUUCAGGCCAGAACCGUUCAUUCCUUUUUCUGCAGGAAUGCGAAUGUGUCCAGGAGAGCAGCUUGCCCGUGUGGAGCUUUUCAUCUUCUUCAGCAGUCUUCUACAGCACCUCAAGUUCUCCUGGCCAGAUGAUGCCUCCCCAGCAGACCUAGAAGGCAUUGUGGGUUUGAGCCACAGCCCUAAACCGUUUAAGCUGCUGUGCCAAACUCGAGACUGGAAGAAGGCACCUCAAUAAAAGGAAUUCUUUUCUGC